AUGUCACAAUCUUUACGCCCCUACCUUCAGGCUGUGCGAGCUUCCCUGACCGCUGCUCUCGCCCUUUCCAACUUCGCUUCCCAGACCUCCGAGCGUCACAAUGUCCCCGAGAUCGAAGCCGCUAGCAGCCCCGAGCUUCUCCUCAACCCGUUGACGGUCAGCCGUAACGACACAGAACGCGUACUGAUAGAACCCAGUGUGAACUCGGUGCGGAUCUCGUUGAAGGUUAAACAGGCCGAUGAGAUCGAGCAUAUCCUCGUACACAAGUUCACACGGUUCUUGACUCAACGUGCCGAGUCCUUUUUCAUUCUCCGACGGAAGCCCAUCGAGGGCUACGAUAUCUCCUUCCUGGUGACUAACUAUCACACCGAGGCGCUCCUGAAGCACAAAUUGGUGGACUUUAUUCUUCAGUUUAUGGAAGAGGUGGACAAGGAGAUCAGUGAGAUGAAGCUAUUCUUGAACGCUCGAGCUCGUUUUGUUGCCGAGUCGUUCUUGACUCCCUUUGAUUAA